AUUUCAUAAUUGUCUUGAGGUGAAGAACUUAAUAACUAAUAAGGGAGGGUUAUCUAUCCUUUUGGCUACAGAUAACCCUCGCCGUUCUUCAUCUCAAAAAUGGCAAACAAUAAAAGAACUCUGGGGUUAUCCCUCCUAGCCCUUUUCCUAGUGGUCGCCGCCGUCUCCGUUGCCGUGCUUGUGACACAAAGAGAAAAAUCUCCGGCGACCGCCGACGAGAGCCGCGCCUCUGGCGGUGGCAACAUCUCCUCGUCGACCAAAGCGGUGGAGGCGUUGUGCAAGCCGACGUUCCACAAGGAAACGUGCGUGACGAAGCUCUCCGCCGCCACCAACAGCACCGACACCAAGGAACUCGUCCACGUGGCAUUCAACAUCACGAUCAAGGAGAUCGCUGACGUCAUGGCGAAGUCGAAGCUCCUCCAAGACGCCGCAAAGGAUAAGAGGACCUCGAACGCCUUCCGAGUGUGCCAGGGACUCCUCGAGGAUUCCAUCGACGACAUCAAGCGGGCCCUCGACAGGCUCACCGACUACGCCUCUGCGGUCGAAAACUUCGACCUUUUCGUGAACGACAUUAAGAUUUGGCUCAGUGGCGCCUUGACGUUUGAGAACACUUGCCUAGACGGAUUCCUCGGUACUGAAGGUGAGAGCGCCGAUAAGAUGAAAAAACUCUUGGCAACUGCCCAACAGCUCACCGGCAACACCCUAGAAUUGGUUGACCAGGUCCAUGAAACCAUAAAGGCACUAGACAUCCCCGGGUUCAACCGGAAAAUCCUUGCCACCACGAACGGGUUGCCAUCGUGGGCAAGCUCCACCCAGCGCCGCCUACUCGCCGGCGCUCCAGUGCCCGACGUCGUGGUGGCACAGGAUGGUUCUGGAAAAUUCAAAACCAUCAAUGACGCCAUCAAGACCAUCCCUCCCCACAGCGCAAAGCCUUUCGUCGUCUACAUCAAGGCCGGGGUAUAUGCCGAAUACGUUGUUCUUCCCAAGCAGUUCACCAAUGUCGUCUUCGUUGGAGACGGUCCGACAAAAACCAAGAUCACCGGCGAUCGGAGCUUUGUUGGUGGUUACCAAACUAGUGAAUCCGGGACCGUUACAAUAAUGGGAGAUGGGUUUAUUGCGAAGAACAUAGGGUUUGAGAACACCGCCGGAGCCAACAGCCACCAGGCGGUGGCGCUCCGGGUGCAGGCCGACCGUGCCAUCUUCUUCAACUGCCAGAUCGACGGGUACCAAGACACGCUCUACGUCCACGCCCACCGCCAGUUCUACCGCGACUGCACCGUCACCGGUACCAUCGACUUCGUCUUCGGCAACGCCGCGGCGGUCUUCCAGAACUGCAACCUCGUGAUCCGGAAGCCGCUCGUGACCGACGGGGCGGGCCAGUCCUGCAUGGUCACCGCCCAGGGGCGGGCCCAGCCGGACGAGCCCACCGGGAUCGUGAUCGUCGACUCCACGAUCGCCGCCUCCCCCGAGUACCUCGCCUCCCCGAGCCCGAUCACAUCGUUCCUCGGGCGCCCGUGGAGGCAGUACUCGAGGACGGCGAUCAUGAACUCGAGAAUCGACGCCCCGAUCGCCCCGGAAGGGUGGGCGCCCUUCCAGGGGACGUUCGGGCUCGAGGACUGCUGGUACGGGGAGUACGGCAACACCGGAAAGGGCGCCGACGUUAGCCGGAGAGCGAAGUUCGGGGGAAUAAAGGGAGCUAUGACGGCGGCGGAGGCGGAGGGUUUCUUGCCGGGGAAAUUCAUUCUUGGAGACUCUUGGGUGCCCGCUGCGGGGGUGCCAUAUGUGGGGGGCUUUAUGAAGCGCGCCUAAAUUAGUUAGCUUAACUAGCUGCUUAUACAUAUUUUUACAUUUUGUGUAUGAAAAAAAAGUGCAAAUUUUAUUUACACUAGGCCAAAAAAAAAAGUAAAGGUCGAGUCCCAGAGUUCAAAUGUUAUUGUUGAAAUGAUAUAUUAAUAAUAAUACGUCAAUUUU